AUGAGACUGCCAUCUUUGAAGCUAAUUUUUAUUCCUGUCUUGUUUGCAACAUUUUGGAACAAGUUGAAAUCUCAGAAGAACAAGGCAACUCAACCGUUAAAUGAGAUGCCGACUAAUAUGUCCGAAGAGGAGAAGGAAGAAAUAUAUGAAGAGUUUGUGGAAUAUGAUUUGAACAGAGAUGGACUAAUCGACGCAGAAGAAAUUAUCUCAGUUCUGAAGAAUAUGAAAAAACCAGACUUUAUAAAAUUUUUCACCAGAGUAGACUCAGACUCCUCAGGAACGAGUAAGACGGCGGGGGUUAUGUUUUACGUGUAUGGGAAUGUUUGCCUUUUGCAGAAAUGCGCUCCUGCCUUAUCAUAUAAGCAUCUUAUGUAA